AAAGCUUUUAAACGGGAAAGGAGAAAUGGCGGAAUGACAGGAACUAAAUUAAAGUACUGUUAUAAUGUGAUUCAUUUGACUUUGAGAGGAAUGGUUCAUUAAUCGGUUACAGCGUGUAAUGAGUGACAAGUCCGGAGGUGCAAGGAGCAAGUCUCAAGACAAGACUGACAGUAACAAUGGCAAGUCUUCGACGGGAGGUUCUGAAAAUUCUAGAACCAACUUGACAGAAAAGUCAAACGAAGCCAAAGGAGGCUCGACUUACAACACAAUAAAUAAUGUCACAAACAAAAACAACCUAACCGCAACAGAAUCGAAACUAAAACUAGCGGAUAAAAGGGAACCCCUAAAACCGAUGCCAAAGUCAGUCCCAUUUGUAAAAAAUGGGAAUUCCAGACUACUAAGAAAGGAAGACGAAAGAAAAAGUCUCAGGACAAGUAAUCCAAAUUUGACAAAGUUUGACUGCAGCAAAUCUGAGAUAUUUUCUUCUGGAAUUGUAGGACACAGGGGAAGUCAAGUUGAUAUGAGGAAGUCAUCAGAUGCCAACAAAUGUUUUUCUGAUGAAUCUCGUCUGUCGAAAUUGAUGAGAAAAGUUAUCAUAAAUAAUGAUAAAGAAAGAAGAUCAAUAUCAGCCAGAAAUCUCAAAGAAUUUUUACAUACAGGAGAAGGGCAUAGAGCGACAACCAAAACAAGUGAUGACAUUCUUGGUGCCCUACAUUCAAUAUUCUUUGAAAGAUCAUAUAGAGAUGUUAAAACUGAGGUUGCUCUGUGUAUCGGUGUGGUGGGGAGUACCAUGGGACCAGACAUGCAAGGAUAUUUUGAUUGGUUGUUUAAUCAAAUGGAGAGUGUACAAGAAGAUGAAAUCAAAUCACUGUAUCUACUUGCUCUGUUAGAGACAUUGAAAUGUGAUGAAAAGAAACAUACCGCUGCUGAUCUCAUUGGAUAUGUUAUGGAGAGAAUCUGGACGUUAUUAGAGAAUGCUGAUACACCAGAAUUAUUACGAUCUGUUGUUGAUGUUAUAUUAUAUGUAGCUAAAGUACAUCCUCAUGUCUUUAGUCUUCACUUUAGGGAUACAGUAGAUAUAUUAGUUGGUUGGCAUAUUGAUUCUACACAGAAAGAGAGUUUAAUUAGCUAUACAUCUGAGGCUCUGGUUAGUUUCCGUAAAUUCUGGAUGUCAGAUUUAUCUUUCUCUGUCACAUUAUUAGGACAAUUUCUGGAGGACAUGGAAGCUUAUUCUGAAGAUUUGGUAUUGUGUAUUGGAGGACAGGGAUCAAUAGAAGAUGAAUUACCUACAGCUGAUGAAUGUGUGACUAAGAUAUCAUCCUUAUUACGUGUAUUUACAACUGUAUUGAACUGUCUAGGUGAUAGUUUUACUGUAAAUAAAGGUGGUCGAAUGUCAUUAGAGGAGGUGGUUAGCAUUCAAGAGAGAGUUAUUAGAAGUAUUGAAAGUGUGGCUAAAUCACUUUAUUCUGAAUGUGUUCUAAUAGCUGCCAAUAGUUGUUUAGAAGUUCUGAUGAAUCAGAUCCAGUCUGGUGGUGGAACAUCCAGUGAUUCUUUAUUAAGCUAUGUUAUAUCACUAAUAUAUGUAGAUAAACCAGUCAAUAAACAGUUCUUAGUCUCAAUGUUAUCAUUUGUAAGAAAGAUAAUCAAAAAUUAUGGCACAACGUUACCAGUACCAUUUCUAACAGAUAUUCUACAACCCAAGUCUUUACUUAAAACGGUCAGAUUCUCAAAUUCUAAUGAGGUUGUUGCCGAGGUAAUGUCUGUCUACCAUAAUCUCUUGGGGUUAAAGAAUAUUCCACUUCUUGAAGAAACAUACAGGUUGAUGUUAUGUGAUAUGGAGAUAGCGUAUAAUACCCUGGUUAAAGAUCAUACAGAAGAGAUGAUAGAACUAACUACCAAUAAUCAGUAUACAGAUAUAUCUUAUACAUCUAAACAAGCUGAAGUGGUUAUUAUCUUUAAUAACUGUGCUUUUACAGAAAUAACUAACACCAAAUCAAAUAUAUUCAGUAUGUGGGCAUUGACACCAUGUAUAUUUGAUCUGUUGGUAGAUAAAUUAAAACCUAUAAAUAAAACAAUAGCUUGUUGUUAUCCGUCUGUACAGUAUGCUAUAAUACAUACAUUGUAUUCCCACUGUAUCAGACAUGAUUUCUUCAUAUCAAGUAGUGAUAUAAUAAGAGAGUCUACAACAGAAGUAUCAUCACUAGUUGUAGGAGCUACUAAAGACUAUUUAAACCGUACUUUAAUUCUAUUACAACAACUACUGACUAAUACUAGUACUUCAUAUGAUACAAGAUGUUUGGUAUUAAAGUGGGUAUCAGAUCUAACAUCUAAUCUACAGACAUCAGUUCAUGUCUUAGAUACACCAGCAUUUGUAGGAUUGAUUAAAGCUGUCAUCAAACAAGGUUUUAACAGUGAACAAACAAUAUUUUUGUCAGCUUGUCAGUGUCUUAUAAAUAUGUUUAAAACACCAGUGUCAUUUCCAAUAGAUGUUGUUAAACAGUGUGAAGAAGUAUGUGUAUAUAGAUUAUCUGAUGUUAAUAAAACAGUUAGAGAUUUAUAUACAGAUCUAUUUCAACUUUUACCAUUAAAUAUAACAUCCAGUGGACAGAUAUUUGAAGCAGAAGAAGAAGGUUUGGCCGGACAUAAACAAGACAAUAGUGUUGGAUUGAAAACUAUUUGGUUAGCUAGACGAAGUCAUAUGUCUCGUACUCCGUCAGGCACCUUCCAUUCACACAACUUUAGACAUGUCAUGUCUUUUAUACUGAACAAUACACCACCAAGUCAACUGGGAGUUCUAUAUUGGUUAGAAGCUAUGUUUCAUAGUGCACAGAGGUCUGAUAAGGAUGGUGAUAAAAGUCAGGAGACUUCCUGUCUUCAUCAACUGAUUGAUGAUAAUCAAGCUUUACUGUGGUCGUGGGCUACGUGGGAAGCAGCUCAGUUUUGUAUAUUAUCUAGAUUAAGAACACCACUAGGUAAACCACAGGAUACAUUUACUACUAUAGAAGGUGUACUAAAAAACUUUGCUGCGGAUGUAGAAGAUGGUAGUAUAGGAAUAGAGUCCAUCAAAGGUGAAAGACCUGGUGAAUAUACCACACUAAAAAGAGUUCAUCUUCUCAUGCAGUUUAUGGAGAAUUUAGAAAAACUGCUUUACAAUGCUUAUGAAGGUUGUACUGUGGCAAUGCCAGCCAUACCAAAGGCUGUGAGGACAUUUUUCCGUACAAAUCGUGGAACAUGUCAGGAAUGGUUAACUAGAAUUAGAAAGUGUGUUAUAACUACAGCGUUAAAUAGUGGACUACCUGCUACAGCUGUUAGACAUGCUCUAGAAUUACUUAAAGAUAUGCUUGAAAAUGACAAUAUACAGGGAGCUGAUUUUGAUAAGGUUACUGUGCAAGCUGUAAAAGCUAUGGUAGAAUUAAAGAGUCCAGAAUCUAUAUUAGGCUUAUAUACUUGGUGCAGAGAUAAAGCUGGUAAAAGAUUCCCAUGGAUUAAAACUAUGGCUGAAAUCGCCAGUAGCAAAUUGGAAUCGUCAACUAAAGAAUUAAAAGAGCAUCUGAUAUCAAUGAUGAAUAACAAAGAUGAUAAGGAAGAAGAAAGAGAUACAUCACCCGAUGUUAGUCCAAGUCGUGAUAAUAAUAAACAGAAAACAAUACUAACCAAACCAUCAGAAUAUACACCAUCUAUUAUAGGUUUUGUUGCAGAUGAGGUAACUGAAUGUUAUUUGGAACUGAACGAUUGGAAGGCUGUGAUGGAAUGGCAGGAGGUGGUGAGCCAAUAUAGAGCUGAAAAUACUCUAACUUCAGCUCAAAAAGCUUUCAAUUCAUCAGUUGAUUUAAAUUACAUACAAGCUUUGAGUCAUUUUGAUUCAGCUAAACUAUCUGCUGUUAAAGAGAGCUUAGAACUGGUACCAGGAGCAUCAUUAUCAGACAGUUCAAAAGGUGAUUCAAGCAUAACCUGGAAUCCUAAACUUGAACUACAGAACAUUCAUCAACAGUUUAUUAGAGGUGCUACUCUUUUACAAGAACAGAAAACCAUUACUGCAAGAACAGAGAUUGUAAAAUGUCUACUACAAGCAGAGAGAUUAGCAGAAGGUUUACUACAUAUUCAAUCAUUUGAAUGGCCACCAUGUUUUUCUCCAGAUAUUACGACGGAUUUAGGAACUAUUUCAACGCUCAGACAUCAGCUGGAAGAUAAAAAACAGAGGACCACACUAUGUCCACUAUCCAAGGAAUUACACGAAGAAGAUUGUAAUUUAAAUGGUCUAUUUCAAAUUCUUCGUUUGAUAAAAAUACAACUAGCUGUUCCUGGAAUUGACAAAAAGUCAGAUUUAUUUAAACAGUUAUCAAAAGUUCAGCUGUGUGCAGCCUCAGCUGCUCGAAAGCAAACAAAUUUUGGUAUUGCAGAAAAACUACUGCUACGUCAAGUGGACACACUUUUGAAGGAUAACUCAAAAAAUGGACAUCCUCCAACGCCAACAGACUUGAUGCCAGCUCUAGCCAGUCUUAGAGCAGCCAAUGGAGGGAUUGACCAACUAGAUAUAUUGAAAAUUGACAGAGAGGGAGCCAAACUAUUAAAUGAUAUUGGGCAGAAUAAAGAAUCUAUGGAAAUUCUGAGUUCAAGCCUUGUUAGUAAUCUAAUGACUGGCAACAACAACAAUACUACUAAUCAAACUAUCAACAAUAAUGUCAGAGAACUUUCAUCACGUUCUUUAUUAACAUUGGUUAAAUGGCUCCAAGCUGAUUCAAAGAAUGUAGUAGCCAUGACAGGUCAGGUACGACUAACUGGACAAGGUGAUGGUAAUGGUACGUCUGCUGUUACAAAGAACGUAAAGAUAUUGUUGGAUAUAGAAGAUACUGAAUCAGAACAUAUGUUAAGUGUUCUAGAAAAUGGAGAGCAUGCUUUGAAAAUUGGUGCCAGUCCUAUGUUACCAGAUACAGACAGCAUUAUUGGUCGUCUGCUACACCUAAGCACUAUGGAAUGUCCAACUUUAGCUAAAUCAUGGUUUGUGUUGGCUAACUGGUGUUAUAAAUGGGGUAGAAAAGCUGUAGAUAAUGCGAGCCAUGGAAGUAUUGAAUUAUCUGUAGAAGAGAAAAAGGAAGUUCUGGAUAUUUUACCAAAGGGUGUUACGAGUGAAGAAUCAGAGAAGAUAUUAUCCAUAUUAAGUCAAGUGCAUAGUCCUGUUUCUAAUGAAGAAGAUAUUAGUGAUCAAGAUCAGAGUUUAUAUGAUGAUGGAACUGAAACCACACGUAAACAGUUAAUUUCAAGUUGUCAGAUAUUACAAACAGCUGAUGAUGUUAUAUUGGAUAAAUUAUUAGAUGUAUGGCAGAAAGUUGUGUCUAGAGUUUAUAAUUAUUAUCAGCUAUCAGCUAAAUCAUACUUCAGAUAUCUUCAACUUAACAAACAGAGUGGUGAUGUUAGUGAUAAUGAAGAUAGUAAUGUUAUAGCUACAUUACGUUUAUUACGUCUGUUAGUAAAACAUGCAUGGGAGCUACGUGCUGUACUAGAAACGGGUCUAGCACAAACACCUACUAAUCCAUGGAAAGGAAUAAUUCCUCAGUUGUUUUCUCGGUUGAGUCAUCCUGAGAGUUAUGUCCGACAGAGCGUAUCAGAGUUAUUAUGUCGUGUGGCACAAGAUGCUCCUCAUCUAAUUGUUUAUCCUGCUGUUGUUGGUAGCUCUACAACAUUAUCAGAAACAAAAGUUUCUGAUCAAAGCGGAUUAUUAAAUGAGUAUUUAUCACAAACCGAUGAAGGUAUAGAUGAUGAUAACUCACAGGGUGAUGACGAAGAUGGGGAUGAUGUAACACAUACCAUAUUACAGUCAUGUCUUACUGCUAUAGUUGAUACUUUAUCUACACAUUUCUCACAAAUGAUAUCAGAAGUACAGCAUAUGGUACAGGAAUUACGAAGGAUAACAUUAUUAUGGGAUGAACUGUGGUUAGGAACAUUAAACCAACAUCAUCAAGAUGUAGUUAGACGUAUAAGUCAACUGGAAAAUGAAGUGAAGAAAGUUUAUAACAAUCAUUCACUAUCUAAAGAAGAGAAAUCAGCCAUAGUUAAAGAAAAACACAAAACAAUUAUGAAACCAACCUUGUACACAAUGGAGAGAUUAGAUGAGAUAACAUCACAACCACCUGAAACAAACCAUGAAAAAUGGUUUCAAGAUACAUACAGUCAACUGAUUAAAGAUGCCCUGUCUCGUCUUAAAAAUCCUCCAAAUCCUAGUCAUCCCAAUUCAACAUGGCAGCUCUUUAAACAAUUACAUACAAGUCUACAACAGAGAGCCCAGAAAAGAAAUAGUUUAUUGUUGAGAAUGCAAGAGAUAAGUCCUAAAUUAUCUAGUAUAGAAUCAUCUGUUAUACCAAUGCCAGGAUUAGGUGUAUCUGGACAGGUGAUAACAAUAGAAUCUGUUUGUAACACAGCUCAGAUACUACCUACAAAAACUAAGCCUAAGAAGCUGGUUUUUCUGGGAUCGGAUGGCAGGAGAUAUCCAUACUUGUUUAAAGGAUUAGAAGAUUUACACCUUGAUGAACGUAUAAUGCAGUUUUUGUCUAUUGUAAAUAAUAUGUUUGCCAGUAAUAAAACAGGUAAACGUCAAUUAUAUAGAGCUCGUCACUACUCUGUAACACCACUAGGACCUAGAUCAGGUUUAAUUCAGUGGGUUGAAGGAGCUACACCAUUAUUUGGUCUCUACAAGAAAUGGCAACAGAGAGAAGCCAUUGCCCAGACACUGAAGAACCAGAAUGGAACCAAUGCGGCACCACCAAAUAUAUCUAGACCUAGUGAAGUAUUUUAUAAUAAAUUGACCCCAGCGUUAAAAGACAAGGGUAUUGACACCUUAGAGAAUCGUAAAGAAUGGCCGCUGAAUACACUGGUUAAAGUUUUACAGGAAUUAAUGGAAGAAACGCCAGCUGAUCUAUUAGCAAGAGAGUUAUGGUGUUCUAGUUGUGGUGCUAGUGAAUGGUGGUUAAUGACUAACACGUAUGCUAGAUCUACAGCCGUUAUGUCUAUGAUAGGUUAUAUUAUAGGGUUAGGUGAUAGACAUCUAGAUAAUGUACUAGUAGAUUUAGCUACUGGGGAGGUGGUUCAUAUAGAUUAUAAUGUAUGUUUUGAGAAAGGAAAGGGAUUACGUGUACCAGAAAGAGUUCCAUUCAGAAUGACACCAAAUAUUGAAACAGCUCUAGGUUUAACAGGUGUAGAGGGAACAUUCCGUAUUGCUAGUGAACAUGUAAUGAAGACAAUGAGAAAAGGAAGAGAAACAUUACUAACAUUAUUAGAGGCAUUUGUAUACGAUCCUCUAGUUGAUUGGACUACGGGUAAUGAAGGAGGAUAUACAGGUGCAUUUUAUGGAGGAGGUUCACUGCAAACUAACCAAAUAGAGAAUAAGAAAAGUAGGAAAGAAAUGGAACAAGAAAUAACUACCAGUAUGUUUUCCAUCAGAGUGGCCGAGAUGAAAGCCUUGUGGAAUAAAAAUAGGGAAGAUUUGUUGACAAGUUUACCUAAACUAAUAGAUUGUAUAGAUGAAUGGUUACAGACGGAGACACAGUCUACUAAUAUACAACAUGAUACAGAUAUACUACAAUCACUUAUUACAUUAAUACAUGAUGCUUUCAAAAAUAAACAACAUAAUAUAUAUACUCUACAUGAAAGGUAUAGUGAAUAUGCAGUAGUUAAAGCAACUAAAGAUAAUGCCCAGCAAGCUGUAGAAGAAACUAUAAAUGAACUUAGUACAUGGCAGGAGGUUCAUAAGCAUGUUAUUGAGAGUGUGCAAGGGGCCAUGUUUCAAAAGAUGUGUGUAGAUGUAGCCAGUACAUUGGAUAUUGGUCCACCAAGUUAUUCUGUAGCUACAGAAUUUCUACAUGGUGCUGGUCAGACUCACAUGAUUGGGCAGAGUGAGUUGUUAGAAACGGAAAUAAGUGGUUUAUUACAACAGAGAAGAUCACUGAUUAUAUCAUCGCUAGAAGUACUAGCUAGUUAUAGUAAUAUGAUAUCACAGUUUGGUAUACGGUUCUCUGAUCAGUGUAGAACUACACAAUAUCUUCUCUGGUUACAAGAACUAUUAUGUUGUUUUACUACAAAACAAUGUGAUGAAAUCAGCAAGAGAUUUCAAGAUGAGUAUGGUUUAGGUUCGAACGCCCAGCUAGUUAAAGCUCAACACAUACUCAAUGGUGAAGGUCGACUUCAAGCUAUAAUAACAGACUGUAAUGCGAAAAUGAUCAAGCUGAUGGAAAGAAGAGCUUUAGAGUCAGUUGAAACAUCAAUUUUAGAGAUGCAAUUAUUUGAAGCCGAAGCAGAAAUAAAAGCUUUCGUUCAUGAGAAUGGUAUGUGUGGUGUUAGUUCAUUAGUAUGUAUGAUAGUAACAGUUCUAUGUUCUCUUAAUAAAAGAUUUCUGUUGAUGGAGGGAGCUGCAGCAGGUGCUGGUGAUAGAUUAAUGGACUUAACAUCAAGAGAUGGUGAUUGGUUUCUAGAUGAAUUAUGUAGUAUGAGUGGAAAUGUUAACAUGUUUCUUAUGACUCUAAAAACAAACAUGGUGACAAGUGACAUGGAGAACUUCAGAGAAUUACAUCAUGCUCUAUCUUCUACUCAUAAUUCUUACUUAGCUUUACAGGAUCUUAAUAUAAACUUUCGAACAGUGAUCCUACCAGAAACUCUGAAACUAAUACAGUCUCAAGAUGGUAGUUUUCUACAAGUAUUAGCUGACAUGGAGACAAUAGUACAAGAUGUAAAUCAACCACUAGAUAGAAUUCUUAAUCAACUAGAAGUUCUACAUAGAAACGCUGUACUGGGGAUAGAGAAUGAGAAUUCCGAAAUUCUUCUGACAGUUAAAAAAUUACAGAAACGAUAUAAUAACUUACUACAGUCAACUACUACUGGUGAAAUGCCAACAGGUCAGAUGUUGAUAAUGGGAUUCAAUGGUUUGUUUACUCGUUUAGAAGAUGAGUUUAAUACAUUGAUGGAUGCUAUGGAUACUAUUAUACUACUUGUACCAGAAUCUUGGAAGAAGAUAGAUGCUGUUAGAGAUGCUAAAGCAUUACAGCUUUCAUCAUUUACAUCUAGUACUCGUAGCUUGUUGUCAGCUCUUUUCUUUGUUAAAAGAAUGCAGGCCAUGCAGGAAUUCUUUCAUAUGGUUACUCAAUUUGCUGCUGCUCUUCAAGGUUUAGAAGGUGGAUUGUGCUAUGAUGAUGAUCAACUUGCUAAACCUGUCAAGAAAUUUAUAGCUGAAUAUGUUAGAAAACAAGUGAUUGGUUUCCCAUCUCAGAUACUGGGUUAUUUAAUGUGCGUGUUGAUUGAUAGUCUAGGGUUAAAUGUAUCAGCAGAAAUAGAAUUAAAGGAUAUUGGUGCCGAGUCAAAGGUAGCAUUAGAUGAUUUAUGUAAGAAAGGUGUUGAAAUGUGUUUAAAGGAUAAUCAGUUUCAACAUGUACAUUUAGUACAAGCUACAACACUUACUACAGCACAUGAUACUGCCUGGAGAAAACAAGACUUGGCUAGGAGAUUGGACAGUAAUAUAAGAUUAUUCCAGUCCAGUACACAAAGAACAACUCUAACAUUGGCUCGUUUCCAGUGGUUACAUGAAGAUAUCUUUACUCAAUCUGGUCGUCUACCUAAUCAACUUCUGGCUCCACACAGAUCUACUAUAAUGUCUGAUAUGAGAAAGAGUAUGAAGAAUUUAUCGAAUCAAGAGACUUUAAUAGUAGCGUGUCAGGAGAGAUAUAAUCAACAAGAAGAGAAUAUAGCUCAGAGAUUACGAUGGGCUGCUGGAGCUAAUCCUAAUCUUAACUUUACACUACAAAAAUUUGAAGAGGCUAGUCAACAUAGAAAAAUGACACAAGAGGAAGAAUUAAAGAGAGCAACAGAUAUUAUCAACUGGUGUCAAGGUAUAUUACAUUUUGAGGCAUCUAGAACUCGUACAUCUGAGGCUGUUACAUCUGACACAAACUUUCUAAGUUUACUUCACAGGUGUAUUGAGUGUUGUAAGUUGAUGGAAAGUACAAACAGUUUUGUUACAGAAUUAGAAGUACAGUUAGUCGAGAAGAAGCCAUUGUCAAAAGGUGAAGUUAUUGAUUCCAACUGGUUACAGGGUUGUCUCAAGACAAUAGAAAAUAAUAUGAGUGAAAAUAAAAGUAAAGCUAAUAAAGUCCAAUCACAACUCAAAACUGCAAAGGUUGAGUGUCAAGAUAAAGUAUGUGAUGUUAAAGCUAUUUUAAGUACUCAUCAUAAACUCAUGUCAGAUAUUAGAUCUAUUCUUAAAUCAGUUGCUAAGCAAGAAGAGAUAGAAUAUGGUGAAUAUAUAGUUAAAGGUGGUAUUAGAGAUUAUCUGGUGAAUUAUAAAACUUUCUCUGAGAAUAUAUCCUCAGCUUUAAAGAGUGUAACACAAGAUGAAGACAGUAAUCAAGGCAUGAAACAAUCUAGAGUUAUGUUACAUGAUAUUAUAACUGAUAUACCAAGUAUUUAUAACACAUUGAUACAGUUGGCUCCACCUUUAUUGAAUUUAGGAGAAUCAACCGAAAGUGCAGUAAAGAAAGUGAAAGAUUGUGAUGGACUAGCUGGUGGUGAUGUUGGUAGUCCAGUCAGAAAACCAUCAGCUAUACAAAGAGAUCUGUUAGUAGGAACACCACCAAACAGUCCUCAAAAUAUUUCCCAUAAACCUCACAAUACACCUGUUGUGAAAAGGGAUAGAAUAUCAAGAGAUCCUAGAACUGGAAAAGCGAUACAAGAAAGAAAUUCGUAUGCUGUGGGUGUAUGGAGAAGGGUGAAGAUGAAACUAGAUGGGAGAGAUCCUGAUAUUAAUAAAAGGUUAUCAGUAGCUGAACAGGUUGAUUAUGUUAUUAAAGAUGCCACCAACCUUGAAAACCUGGCCCUGCUAUAUGAAGGCUGGACACCGUGGGUGUGAAGAGAUGGCCGUAGUGAUAUCUGGCUUACUUAUCUCCUUGCCAUCCUAAACAGAGCGUGUCUCUAACGUAUAACGCUUAAACGACAGGAUCGCAAUAACAAAAAUUACAAGAAGGAAGACCACACGGCUUUGUCCGUCGCAUGAAGAAAAAAGCUAAAUAAAACGCUCUCGGGCCCGGCCGGUGGGCCUAUAAAAUGAGAGUGAAUGCUUUUUUGUGUGAGGUCUUUUCUUAACACCCUUCUAUCAGGGUGGUUAUGACAAGCUUGCUAGGGAGUUUGAAUUAGAAGAAAGAACCAUACUAUGGUUGAUCAUCAUAACAUCCUUAACUCCUAAGCUCUUACUAUGGUAUGAUGAAAGAACCAUAAUAACCCAUGUAUUAUGCUGUGUCAUGCUUAUUGUUUGACCCAAGGGCAUUUAUUAUACUGGGGUACUGUAUUAUAUGGUUAUAUUUGUACAGAAGGGGCAGGGGUUUGGGACUUUGUUGUAAAUUAAAGGGUUGUUUAUAUUGAUUGAUAUAUAUCGUAUGCUCACUUAAUGUAUAUAUACACAUACUAUCACUUUACGCCAUUGUAGAAUUUAAACCAGAACAAAAAAUGUGGUCGCACUUAAAUUGUGUAGAUUAGAAAAUAAAUGGUACGCAUUUACUGUAUCUUGAAAUGUGAUGUUGUCAUAAUGAUUAUUAUUACUUAUUUUAAUUAUAUUAUCGAAUACUAUUGACAAAAUAAUGUCUUAUAGAUAAGCGAUUGAAGCAGGAAAGUUUCACUCAAGGAAUUCAAAGUUUCUAAAGGUAUAAGUUACAUUAGUUCAGAGAAAGGAUUUCCUACUCACAAUUGAAUUAAAAAAUUGUGUUGAAUGUAAAGCUUUAAGAUUUCCAUUCAUCACAUACUUAUUAUAUAUUAUUUAUGUUUUAUUGCAGAUAUUAUUCAUGUUAAUUUCAUGUAUUUGUCUUUUUGGUGGUUAAUAAAGUUGUAUUUAAUCAAUUUGA